UGUUGAAGUGUUCUGUCUGUUCUCCGCAGAUGGGCGAGAGAGGGAGAUCUUCGAUGUUUUGAAUCCCCACCCGAACGGAUGCAGCUUCCGUUCUGAGAACCUUGGAGCCGUUUGUCAGCCUAGGAAAACACUCUCUGCAUGGGUUUGAUACCGUGUCGAUCUCAAUGCUGUGUUAUGGUGGAUUGGAAGAAUGUUGCAAAGGCUCGACAAGCUCGUGGCCGGAAACCCACGGUCAUGAGCGCAUGAGUCAUCACAUCCAUACCGCAACCAGGCUCAGGAAGAUUGAUCCCGUAUAUUCUUUCUACUGACUUCACCAUUCCCAUCCAAGGCCUGCUUAGACACAGCUGCUUGUGACAGAUCCGACGAUCUAUGAUACUCUGCAGCAAUAUGCCUGCCUCGUUAGCUGCGCCGUUCCCACCUGCGGACGCAGUCGUUGCGACUGUGCGCAAAUCGUGCAAGGAGCUUCGGGAAGCCAGCGGUAUCAGCAUUUCUUCCUCCAAGAUUGAUGCCUUUUUGCGCUCUUUGGAUGAGUAUACCUACGAGAGGCUGAAGAAGGAGCACGGCGUCAAUUUCCCCCUACAGUUUGCCUCGAUCCAUGUCGAGGUAAAUUUUCUCGCCGUUCUGGCGCUGCUCAACACACUCUCCGGGUAUCGCAGCGUCUUCCACCAGCACACGGGCUCAGGAGCCUAUCAAAACGUCAUUAAGCUGCUCUUUGGCCUGUAUAUUGGAUCGGCAGACGAUGGCGGCACAGGCAAACUCAGCGCCCACGGGUUGGCAUCACUUACUGAGGACGACGUCGCCGGAAUUUGGGGGGUCAGCCUGCUUGAAGAACGACCGCACGAGAGCAUGCCGGCCGUGGUCGUCGGAAAGCGCGGUGGUGCAAUGCUCGAAGUCGUCCAACUCGUCGUCAAGCUGUGCCGCGAGACGGGCAACAUUCUCCUGCAAGGCGGCUAUCCGGAUCUCGGAGCAUUCGCGUUGGAGGCACUCAAAGAGGGCGAACGGAUUGAGAAGCAAAAAGGCGAAGCUACCGGUGUGGACACGGUCGUGGAUAAGCUUGUGCGAGGGAUACCAGGCUUUGCAGAUAUGCAUCUCGUGGACGGGAAGCAACCCGUCUACCUCUUCAAGAAAGCUUUUUUUUUCGUCUACAGCAUUCACGCUCGAUUUGCAGGCAACAGCUCGUUCCCUGUACGCCUUCCCUCUGUCAACGACCUACCCAUGUUUGUCGACAAUGUGAUCCCGACUAUGAUCAAGCACUUUGGUAUGAUCGACAUUUCCGAGAGCAGCUCCGCAGCGCUGCAACAAUGGGCGAAUCCUAGCACAAAGCCUACGUCAUCUGCAAAUGGCGUCGAGGAGGGCCCCGAACUGUCGCAUGACGAGGCGUAUAGGGUGAGGGCUGCAGCGCUGGAUGCCGGUGUGGCCAUCACUGCUCGCGCAAAGGAACUCGCGCAGGCGGAGCCCGAACGCUACGGAUGGAUGUCUACAAUGGUCGAGGUAGACGUCGACGGGUACCUCUGGGCAGUAGCGAAAGAUGACCAGGCGUUGCGCAAGGUACCGCGCCUAGUGGAAAAGCAGACAAUCAUGUAUUGAAGGCGUCCCGAAAGCACAUGCUACGCGAGAGCU